AUGUCGCCUGACAGACUAUUCGUCGAGCACAGUGUGCAGGGUCGUUACGUGUCCGUUACAUUUACGUUUAGACCGUUUCGUCCCGAAGACGUCGGAACGUACUACGGUCGCUUCGAAUCCGCAAGCCAGCCCGGCACUUUCAAACAGAUAAAAUGUCUGACCCUUAACUUGGCGCAGAUAAGCGUUGAUGCGCAAGUUAUUGAGGUCAUACCGUCUCAGCGCUUGAACAGGACUUCAAUUCCGCUGAGAUGUAACAAGUGCAGCAUCAUGGGUGUCAUGCUAAGGGCCGUGGACGGAACAGUUGCCAAUCUGGACCCCUCCAGAUACAGUUUGCGUAGCUACAGCGAUCCGCAAAAGUUUAUAGUCCUCGAUUUGGAGGGCACCAGACCACAGGACUUUGGCGAUUAUUUCGCUGUCCUUGAGAACGAAGACGGCAACGAGGAGAGGAUCAAGGCGCUUACCAUUAAAUGUGAGUUCACAAUCAUUUCGAUGCGAGAUCAAGAUCAGGAAUGUGGAGACUAG